AUGAAGACCACGAUAGCGUUUGGAGCGCUCGUGGUGGCAUGCUUGGCUUGUACUCCCGGUGAAUAUAUGACAUGUGUUUCACAAGUAUUAUCCCAGAGAGUCCCGUUUGACUAUAAUGUGAUGAGUGUUGCAUUGAAUAUUACAAGUGAGGCGAUGUUGCUAAAAACUUGCAGAGCCUAUCAAAACGCGAUUCCAUGCUUUGAGCAACGGACGGCUUUGUGCGGGACACGAGCUCAAAAGCAAUCAUUGGAUAAAGGCAAACGGAUUUACAGUUAUUUGUGUGCUCCAUUCUCUCUUCAGAGGCAAAAAAUCUUGUUGAGGAGAAUGCCAUGUAUUCAGGAGGUUGUCAGCAAGCCGAUCGAUGGUACAUGUGAAAAGGGAAAUGGACUUUUGGCAAAGAAAGUGGCUAGUUGCAGAGCCAAAUGCCCUACAACCGAUACGAGUUGUUUGGCCAAAGUGGAUCUUUCUGAUGUAGCUGUUUGUACCGUGCUUGAACUUGAGAAGAAAUGCGGCAUUGAAGGCGCUCAAUUCUACUCUCAAAUGCAACAAGUGUUGAUCAAUGCCGAAUAUCCAGUUCAAUGUCGAUACUCUUUUGCAAAAUCGACUGAUGAUUUGAAAAAGAGAGGAUUGCCAGCUGAACCAUUAGCCGCUCCAGCAAAGUCACCAGCUGAGUCUUCGAUUGAGGACAGGAUUCGGGAGAAUAUGAAAAAGAUCACAACGACCACUCGUCGGCCACCAAUUCGACGACAAGCUCGUAUUCGAACUGUUUUUAUCAAGAGACCCCAACCAGCCACCAUCCAACUCUCGCAUUUCGCACCACCGGUGGUGAUCACGAAGAACCGUUUCAGUGAUGUGGGUGCUUCGAUCGGUGCUCAACUUGGAAAGCAGCCGGGAUUAUUGGGAGCUCGGCCGAUUCCCGAUUCGAUAUACAUGGAUCAGCCAACAACUUCUGUGUCGACACCGAUGAUCAUCCGCUUCUCACCACCACCAACAUUGAUUACUCAGAAACCCUUCCAAGCCAUUAACACUCCAGCCCCGAAACUUUUCCAGUGGUCAGCCCCGAAGUUGAGCACAAUGGCUUCGGAUGCUUUGAAAGACUUCAAAGUACCCGCCUGGUACAAUCAGAUUAAAGGAAACGGGAAUGGAACUAGCACUACGUUGAAUCCAUUAUUUGUUUAUAGACCACCUGCCAAGGAUACCCCGCCAGCAAACAACGCUUAUCCUGGAGCCAAUUUGGGGACAACGCCUUUACCCUUCAAAAUUAGCAUCAAUUGGAUCGACCCGGAGACGACGGUGGCACCGAAUCGAAAGAUCACUCAACCCUCGCCUAACAUUGUCCGUUUGAAUGAUGAUCUGGUUGAGAAAAUUUCGGAAAACGUUGAUACGGAGAAGAGGGAUGACGACGAUUCAACACUGCCAACAAUCGAUUUAGAGGAUUUGAGUAAUAAGGCAAGUCGCUACUUCAGCGCUGCCGUUUCAGCCAUUGAAGAGAAAACGACAAAACACGAUGGGGAUGCUUGGAGUAAAAUUGCUGGAAUUGUCGGUCCAGCUAUUCAGAAAAUCUCGCCACAGGUGAUCGUUCGGCUGAAAGAAGAACUCGACAAGAUCGACGUGCCGACGAAUGACGACGCGAAGACAACCACUCCACUCCCAGUUCAAGCUCCUGCUCCACAAUUGGCCCCUUCAACU